CUCUGUGGCAGUCUGUUUUGAUGGAAGCUCUUAGUACACUCAUCUAAAUUGUUAGACAUUGUGGUCAGUUGGAUUAAAUAAAGGCAUUUAGGGGAGAUCCAAAUUUAAGCAAGCAUUUGUAUUUCUAUUAAAUAUAGUUUCCAAAAAUUACUUUGGAUUUAGACAUCUCUUAAAGUCUUCAUUGAGAAUCAAUUACAUUGUGCACUUUAAAUAUUACUUUGGUAUAUAUUUGGUUUUGGCUUCAGUUUAAAUUACAAAUAGAAGGACACUUGGCUGUGACCCUAGAGAGGGAGAGAUUAGUUUGGUAAUGCAAACUAUUUCAGGAACUGAGCUAUACAUUUAUUGCUGUAUCUUUGUCCUUAGUCUUUUGCUUGGAUUUCUCUGGAUGCUCUCUUUAUAGUUGUGCUUACCAUACCAUUUUUAAAGACAUGCUUUUUAAUCAAGGUUCUGCAAGUCUAGCAGUACUGCUUGACACAGGGCUUCCACUCUGUGCAAUUGCUGCAUCAGGAGGAGAUUCUGCUGAAUCACAACUCAGUGUAACCAGCUUAAAAAGAAGAUAUUUAAAUGUUUGAUAGAAACCAAACAGAUUUUUUAUUUUAAUUUUACUUGAAGUACAAAAUAAUGACGUAUAAAUUGGGACCUACUAACUAAUGAAUUGUUAUUUGUAUUGAUCUAGUGAAGGUAGUACUUGGUAUUUGCUGCUGAAGUUUUAGAGAAAGUCAUCAGCUCAAUUGUGAGAAGACUUAACUGUGUACCUGGAUCUAGCCAAGACUUAACUGUGUACCUGGUUAGUAAACCCCCAUCUGGCAAAUGUAACAUUUCCAGCAGGUUUUCUUCAUUUUGGCUUAUCAAUUUAGUGACAAGCUCAAAGAUGAGAAACCGCUUGGGAGAUUACUAGUCAGGAAAGCCCCUACUUUCUCCCAGUUAGUAAUUUCAUUAGAAAACCAACAAAGAAGGGCUGAGAUCUGUUGGUUUUGAAGUCUUGGAGGGCAUAGGUACCAGAAAUACUCAGUUUCUCUAAUUAUAGAUAAUUUCUUUUGUAUGUAUUGAAUUGAUUCAAAAUACAGAACAGUUUACGGGGUCAUGCGUGUUUUACAUAAACUUUUAUUAACUGGUAAAACACUGUUUGAAAAGAUCCUAUUGUGUUUAAAACAUAGAUUUUUCUCCUUUUUUUUUUUUCUCGUUUUAGUUCAAGUUUAAUUUCCAUUUAAAAAAAUUAUGGUCCUGUAUGUAAGAAGGGGUCAUUCAUUAUUUUCUAGCUAAGUGGUGUGUAAGAAUAGUAAAUGUAGGUUAGCACACAUUCUUCCUUAGGUAUGUAUGUGACACAGCUUCAUGGUAAGCAAGUUGCAGUAUUGACUUGAUGUAAAGGUUGUAUUUCAUUAUAAGGUAAUCAGUGUGUACUAAGAAACACUGAAAACACUUAGAAGAGUAACGAGAAUAUCAGCGUUGUAAAUGGCUGUGCAGCUCCAGGAUAUUUUGGCCAAGCUCCACAAAACAUGUAGGGUGUUGGCUGAAUCGAAGUGGGUGACCUCUGGGAGGGCAAGAUAAGAGCAGCGAGGCGCUGUUUGCACCCUUCAGAAGGGGUGGGUGACGCUGGGCAUUGGGCUGAAGCUGUGGCCAUCCCUCCUGCCCAGGGGUGUCCUGUCCCUGCUGCUGCUGCCUCCCACGGCAUCGCUUCCCCUGCGAGCCAGAGGCUGGCCAGCCUUCCUCGGGGCUGAGCGCUCCCAGGGAAGGCACUGCAGAAGCUGGAAAAGCCCAGCCCCCUCAUCUGUCAGAUGCGGUGAUCUCCAUGGUAACUCAAACCCCCAGACUCUUGACAGCAGCCUGCGAGGAGCAGCAUUCAGCAGCUCAAGGGUCUCACGACCAGAGCGUGGAUCACACUUCUCGUAAACCUCAUCAUAUUGAGGUUGGGCUAAGAUGAGCAUAACCAGUGACGAAGUGAAUUUCUUGGUGUAUCGCUAUCUCCAGGAAUCGGGUUUCUCCCACUCGGCCUUUACCUUCGGUAUCGAGAGCCACAUCAGCCAGUCCAACAUCAACGGAACACUAGUGCCACCUGCCGCACUCAUCUCCAUCCUCCAGAAGGGGCUCCAGUAUGUGGAGGCCGAGAUCAGCAUCAAUGAAGAUGGUACAGUAUUUGAUGGCAGGCCAAUAGAGUCCCUGUCUCUGAUAGACGCGGUGAUGCCCGAUGUCGUUCAGACCCGACAGCAAGCCUUCAGAGAGAAGCUAGCGCAGCAACAAGCCAGCGCCGCGGCAGCGGCGGCAGCCACGGCGGCCACAGCGGGAGCCACGACGACUGCUGUUUCCCAGCAGAACACACCAAAGAACGGAGAAGCCACUGUGAAUGGAGAGGAGAAUGGGGCACAUGCAAUAAAUAAUCAUUCAAAGCCAAUGGAAAUUGACGGGGAUGUUGAAAUUCCUCCCAACAAAGCAACAGUCCUUCGGGGCCAUGAAUCAGAGGUGUUCAUCUGUGCCUGGAACCCUGUCAGUGACCUGCUAGCAUCUGGAUCCGGAGACUCAACGGCCAGGAUAUGGAAUCUCAAUGAAAACAGCAACAGCGGUUCCACUCAGCUAGUGUUGAGGCACUGCAUAAGAGAAGGAGGACAUGAUGUCCCCAGCAAUAAAGAUGUGACUUCAUUGGACUGGAAUAGUGAUGGAACACUAUUGGCUACAGGCUCAUAUGAUGGUUUUGCAAGAAUAUGGACAGAAGAUGGUAACCUUGCAAGCACCUUAGGUCAACAUAAAGGUCCAAUAUUUGCCCUGAAGUGGAACAAAAAGGGGAAUUAUAUUUUAAGUGCUGGUGUUGAUAAAACAACAAUAAUUUGGGAUGCUCACACAGGAGAAGCUAAACAGCAAUUUCCUUUCCAUUCAGCUCCUGCUCUGGAUGUAGACUGGCAGAACAACACUACUUUUGCCUCCUGCAGUACUGACAUGUGCAUCCAUGUAUGCAGACUUGGCUGUGAUCGUCCCGUUAAAACCUUUCAAGGACACACAAACGAAGUGAAUGCAAUCAAAUGGGACCCAUCUGGCAUGCUACUAGCAUCCUGCUCUGACGACAUGACAUUAAAGAUAUGGAGUAUGAAGCAAGAUACCUGUGUACAUGAUCUUCAGGCUCACAGCAAAGAGAUUUACACUAUCAAAUGGAGCCCUACAGGACCAGGCACCAGCAACCCGAACUCCAACAUCAUGUUAGCAAGUGCUUCGUUUGAUUCCACGGUUCGGCUGUGGGACGUUGACCGAGGAGUCUGCAUCCACACCUUAACAAAGCAUCAAGAGCCUGUCUACAGUGUAGCUUUUAGUCCUGAUGGGAAAUAUCUAGCCAGUGGGUCCUUUGACAAAUGUGUCCAUAUAUGGAAUACUCAGAGUGGAACUCUAGUACAUAGCUACAGAGGCACCGGGGGCAUCUUUGAAGUCUGCUGGAAUGCUAGAGGAGACAAAGUGGGAGCAAGCGCAUCAGACGGAUCGGUUUGUGUUCUAGAUCUGCGGAAGUAAAAGUGAAAUGUUUUAGAAGAAAUUUCAAAUGGACCAGCAGUGAAUGUGUGGGGAGAAGCACUCUUCAAAACUAUUCUUAACAGCUCCAGAACUGUACAAACUUGAACAAAGUUAGAGUGUACCGUGAAACCGACUCUCCCUGGCCACAGGUGACUUGUAUUUUGUCCGUAACCUUCAUCGAGGAGUAAAAACGCAGUCACUUCAGAGGGGGAGGGAAUGGUUUCUACCUGGAACAUUCAGCCUUGGAAGCAUGAAGCCACCAGCUAGGCAUUGCACUGUUUGGUUUGCAUCUGAGAACUUGCUCUGAUGGCUGGGGAAUAAAAAAAAAAAAAGCUGUGCCAAAAAAAAUUAAUAAAAAGGAAAAAAAAAAAAAGAAAAAAAAGAGAAAAAUGCUGUGAUAAACCAAAAGGGAAAAAAAUCCUCCUCCAUGCGAUGUUGUAUUUUUUCCUUCCAAUUUGGACACUACAGUUGCUCUCCCAAAGGACGUUCAAAGACCAGUUUGUACUGAUGAAAUGCUCAACUUUGUAAUCACAACACUUUCUAUUUUCUAGACUACUUUUUUUGUUCAGUGGUUUUUCUAUCAGCUGGAAUAUUACAGCCUGGAGGAUCCCAGGCUUAGGAUGAAACUUUUGUUUUCCUUUUAUUUCUCCCUUCCACUCCCAACUUUUCCUUCCUUUUUUUUCUCCUCUUUCUUUUUGCUCCCCUUUUUUGUUUCUUUUCCCUGUAUGCCCAUAGUAGAUGCAGCCAGGUGGACAUGACAAUGAAAAUUUUUGACAGACUGCUUCUCCUCUCUUCUACAACUUCCUUUUCCUUUCUUUCUCUCCAUUUAAAAGAAAAAAAAAUCCUCCAUGCUUCAGAUCUUAGCGUCUCAAGGGCACUUUCAGCAAGUUGUGUAAUAAGUGCUUUAUAUAAGAAUGCAGUGCUGGGGAAGAUUUUUACAGGAGAAAGAUGACUUUUAACAGAAAGAACCCAGUGUAUUUUUGGAAAAGAAAUAUUUUUUAUGUUAAACAGUUUUAGAAGCCUAAAACGGCCGCAAAAUGUAGACCAGUUGUGUAAUUCAAGCAAAAAGAAUGACACAGAGUCCAGGGAACAUGAAAGGCGCAGUAUCCUUUUUCUGUCCUCUCUCAGAAAGUGCUGUAAGAAAAAAUGGUGUUUGAUACAAGAAAUACCAGUCCUUUACUAAAGUCCUUUUCCAGCAGCCAGCCAUUUACAUAGUCUCAUUCCAUUUUUUAUGGCUGUUUGAUGAUGUAAACUUAUUCAAAGAGAUUCAGAAGCCUGAGACUAUAACGGUAACAUUAAUUUUCUCUAGUCUGUAUUUUUGUUUGUUUUCAGUAACCAGGAGAAAAUGCUUGUGCAUCUUCUUUCCUCUAGAGAUAGUUCAGAUUUUGACAGAAUAUGGAUUUGGCUGCCUGUGGCCUUGCUGAGCAGUGCUGUCUUCCAUAUUCGUUAUUCCAGUCAGUCAGUGGGGUUUUACCACUGACUUAGUGAGACCAGGUGAACUGAAAUACAUUGACUGCAUCUGUCACUGCUGAGGAAUGGACUCUCGCCAAGCUCCUGUCCAUCCAUGGACCACACACACCAAGAAGGCUCUGCCACUGCAGCUGGUGGUGCUGCUGUCACCACGCGUGCGCUGCAUCCUGCAGGGAAAGCUCUGGCUCUGCACUUGGAGGCUCACUGUCUGCCCAGACAGGUUUGGCCUCGAGGGUGUCCUCAGUGUGGUGCUCAGGAGCAGUGAAUUCUUUAGGUUACGACAUCAUAUGUAAGUUCCAUCUCAAUGUGUAAACCACUGUAAAGUUGUGGGGGUGAAAUGAUCAGAACAACAAUGGAGAGUUCCAAAGCACCAUUUAUCCAGUUUGGACAAGAUUUCCUUACUGCAGCUGAGACACCUGCACAGAUGCCAGCUGAAGACUGCUCUACUCUGAUUGAGGAAAUGACAAAUGCAAAGAAGGGACAUAGGCAGAGUUUACUGAAAGUGCUGUAAACUAUAAGGCAGCCUUGGGGUGGUGUCAGGCAUGACUUAGAUCCUCCAAACUGGCUGGGUCAUGCAGAUGUCUUCUCUACAGCCUAGGCUAGGAUCUGUAGGAGAGAGUAAAAAGGCCACAAACCUCUCAACAGAUGUAGAACCUUGUGGCCCGAAGUCUCUGUAACACAGCAUCUUCCCCUUGGUUUGACCACAGCUGCUGGAGGUGUGAUUUGAUCUGAGCAAAUCCAGAGCCCUCGGGCUGAACUGGUGCUGUGAGACCUGCUGAGCUCCAGGGCAUCAUCGUGGAAUCUGAGCACCAUUUUUUCUCUGGAGUUUCCUUCUCUGUGUGCUUGCAUCUGUAGGGGAUAUUAGUCCUAGUGGAACUAGUCACUGCCAGCUUCAGCUGCAUUUCUUAAAGAUACACCUUUGGAAAGGAGAAAAGAACAGAAAGAAGCAACUGCUGAAAAGAAUGGAAAGAAGUAACUGCUAAAAGUGUUAAUCCUGAAUUGAAAACAGUUACGUGGAACUAUGGUUACUAGUGAUAGUUAAGGUUGUUUGUAAUUUAUCUCAGAUAAUUGGAUGCCAGGCAGGAUCAAGGAUUAUUUUUGGUGUUAAAUGCUUUUAUGUGCUGGUUUUAUUUUUUUGCACCAAGAGCAUGGCUGUAGAUCACCAUGUGGCAGUUUUGCACUCUUUUCUAAUAACCACAUGUACCUGCUAAUUUAAAGUCACUACUUUUUUUGAAAAAAAGAGGACUUGCUCAAAGAGUCUUGAACUUGAAUACAUAGGCAUAAUGUGGUUUUAUGAAGCGUUGUUUGGACAAUGAUUUGAUUGCACUCAUUGCGUGCAAACGGUUAAAUUCCUACACUGCUUUUUGGUGGCAUUUCUGAGAAUAACAAGCAGAAGUUGCCAGUCUGUGGGAGGGCAGCACUGAUGUGGCUCUGGCCUUUCCUCUGUCCCUUGAGUGACACCUGAAUAGGCCAAACCUCAGGAUUUGAAGAGAUUAAUUUGCUCAAUGCUCCAUGACUGGCUGGCUCUACAGCCCAUGUUUCAUAGUUGUUCCCAGGAUAGCUGCUGUAGAUAACAGGGCUGUGUCCGUGACGCAUGUUCCUUUUUUUUCCAUUUUUUUAAAUUUGUCAGAACACCACUUUGCUUGCCUACAUGGAGGUAAGAAGCCGAGAGAAACAAAAUUUGAGUAUCAGUUGGUUUGCAAAGCUCAUGUGUGAGAGAGGCUGCUGCUCCAGAAAGUUUUCUGUAUGGACCAUCAGAGUUAAAAGCAGUGUAUGUGAGGAGCUAAGAAAAUUCACUUUUCUUACCUUCCACAAAAUCCUAAGGACUGGAAAGAUGCUGUAGUAGAUAGUUUUCUGAAAUGAGAGCUGUUUAGGAAGGCAGGAGGUGUAGUUGCAAAAGUUAAUCUUAACCUGAGGACGUGGUUUCUUCAGGACACAAACAGUGGGGGGAGAGAGCCUUUUCCAGGCUGUAGUUCAAGGUGGGUGUCUCAGCCCAGACCUGCAGCUCUGUGCUCCUGGGAGCUCCUGGGAGCUCUCCCUCCCCUCCAGCAGCAGCGCAUUCCCGAGCUGGCACAGCCUCUCUGUGACUGCCCUGCAACAGCACAAAGCAACAGCCCAGGGGACUUGGUAAGAUUUCUUCCUAGAGUUCUGUUUAGAGUUCUUUGUAACAGAAGAGAAAUGGAAAAACCUAAGUGACCAAACAGGAUUGUGAAACCAUCCAGAGACUUGCUGGAUUUUUAUUAUUGCUGGCUGUCUGGAACUGGCCUGGGAGUGAAAAAAACACCAGUUUCUGAAAAACCACUAUAUUCUGUGGGUUAGAAGGAUACUGAAUCUUUUAUGUAGGAAACACUGGGUCCCUUAUGGGGCAAUAAAGGGCCUGACUUACAGGGUUAUACACACAUUAACCCCAUGCUACAUCUUAGAAAUUUCCUUUUAAUUUGUUUUAAAAAAAAAAGAAAAAAAAAUAGCUAAUUUUAGAGCCAAGUGAAGUGCACUUUGUCAAAUGUAAGGGUCUGCUUUGUUUUUGGGUUUCUUUUUCUUUUUCCCUUUUUAAUUUUUCCUCCUUUUUUUUCCCCUCUUACUGCCUUUUUAAAGAUGUGGUUCUUUGUCAAUUGCAGAAAUGUUCUUUCAGCCACUCACUGAAAUUCUGAAUUCUGGCUUCUGCAGUUUUUAUUGUCUGUGUCAGACUUGCAGCCAGACUUGGUUCUCAUUUAAGCAUUUCCCAGGUUCUGUUGAAACAACAUCAACCCUUAUUUUGUUUCUCCCCCACCCACACUUUCUUCAAAUUCACCUUGUGUAUUGUAGCUCAUUUGUUUUAAGGAGAGAAUCAACAGAUCAUAUUCAGUGUCUUGAAUAAAUUGCUAUAUUUUGAUAUUAGA